UAAACAGCCUACUACUCUACACCGAUUGGCAGGUCCAGAGUUCUCCGUGUCAUUGGUAGAUGACCGACGAUGUUUCACAGUAGGCUGAUCGGGCGGCUGCUAUUGCAGCAGUGUGGCGUGAGAUACUGCUAUACUGGGUCUCGAAAACAUCUCUAUAUCAACAAGGAUACCAAAGUCAUUUGCCAGGGGUAUACAGGGAAACAGGGUACCUUCCACAGUCAGCAGUCUAUAGCUUAUGGCACAAAAUUAGUUGGUGGUGUGUCACCCGGAAAAGGAGGAAAAACCCACUUAGACCUGCCAGUUUUCAACUCUGUUAAGGAGGCUAAGGAUAAAACAGGUGCUGAUGCCACUGUCAUUUAUGUGCCACCACCUUUUGCAGCUGCAGCUAUUAUCGAAGCUAUUGAUGCAGAAAUUCCACUUGUGGUCUGCAUCACAGAAGGCAUUCCACAGCAGGACAUGGUUAAAGUAAAACACAAAUUGAUUAGGCAGAGCAAAUCCAGGCUUGUUGGUCCCAACUGUCCAGGAGUGAUAAAUCCUGGAGAAUGCAAGAUUGGUAUUAUGCCAGGCCACAUUCAUAAGAAAGGGAGAAUUGGGAUUGUUUCAAGAUCUGGAACUUUGACAUAUGAAGCUGUCCAUCAAACCACUCAAGUCGGCCUUGGACAGUCCUUGUGUGUUGGAAUUGGAGGAGAUCCCUUUAAUGGAACAAACUUUAUUGAUUGUCUUGAUGUUUUUCUGAAUGAUCCAAAAACUGAAGGAAUUAUUUUAAUCGGAGAAAUUGGAGGCAAUGCUGAAGAGGAUGCUGCAGAGUACCUGAAGGAACACAAUUCUGGUCCAAGUGCCAAGCCUGUUGUUUCAUUUAUCGCUGGUCUGACAGCUCCUCCUGGCAGGAGAAUGGGACAUGCUGGAGCUAUAAUUGCAGGAGGAAAAGGAGGUGCUAAAGAGAAGAUCGCUGCUCUGCAACAAGCUGGUGUAGUAGUCAGUAUGUCUCCGGCACAGUUAGGAAGCACCAUGUACAAAGAAUUUGAAAAGAGGAAGAUGUUAUAGAAGACUUAAUUGAAGACCUAAUGGAUUACCACAUCACCCACUAUGUCUGUCUGUGUAUUCCUGAAACAAGAUUCCAUAGUUUCUUCAGAGCACUAUGAUGAUACAUUAUGCUAUUUUUUAGUGUGCACACAAUUGUACGCUUGAAAAUAAAUAUUUUAAAACAGAAUUGUUAACCUUUUUGAUAGGUAUGUAGUCUAUCCAGCAUUAAGAUCCAAGUUCAGUUUCAGAGGUGUAUUUCACAUUUAAUUUUUUUUUGCUGAUGUUCUAGGGAUGAACUUGCCUUGUAUUCAUACUACUGGGAGUGGCCCCUGCAAAUUCAAUUAAGCGUGUUUGAAGAUGUAUGAUUUCCUCCAGCAUUAACCAGCAAAAUCACAUUUAAUUUGCACUCAAUUUUAGGUACCGACUUGGAUCAUAUGAGAUAGUGAUGUAAAAGGUUAACAGUCAAGUUCAAAAGAAGCAUAGAAAUGUAACAGGAUUUAACAUGGAAAAUGAAUCAAUAAAAAGUAAAAGCUGUCA